CGAAAUGGAACAGAAGCUUUCGUACUAAUUCAAAGACCAAAGGCAUUACUUCGAAUUAUCACCAUGUCAAAAUCAUCAGCUGCAGCAAAUGGCCAAGCUCUCUGGGCCAAACAACCCAAAGCCAAUGCCGAACUGUUCGCCCUUACUUACGGUGCCCUCGUGAUGGAGGUCGUAGGAGACGCCGAUGGAAACGUAAAAGAGAUCAAUGAACARCUCGAAAACAUUGGAUAUUCCAUUGGCAUUCGAUGUGUGGACGAGUUCUUGGCAAAGUCAGACGUCGCAGUWUGCAAAUCUUUUGAAGAAACGUCAAACGUGUUGGGAAAGACAGCAUUCAAAAUGUUUUUGGGGGCCAACUGCGACGUCCACCAACACAGUGCCAAGUCCUUUAGUUUGAUUAUGCACGAAAAUCCACUCACGGUCUUUGUAGAGCUGCCCGACGAAUAUAAAGAAACACUCCAGUAUACUAUCGUAUACUGCGGAGUAAUUCGCGGUGCACUGGAGAUGCUAAACUACAAAGUUGACUGCACGCUCGUCAAGAGCACGUUAAAGGGGGACGAUGUUGAUGAAAUCAAAGUAGAUCUGAAGAGUGUAAUGCAGGACGGUGCUGGUGAUGACUAUCACGAAGAAUAAAGAUGCUUCGGUGAAAAUAGUGACUACGAUUAUAAACAACAAUCAGAGUA